UCAUUAUUCUCAGUUCCUUACCAUAUGUUGUGUUGUCUUUAUACAAUAGGCCUAAUAUUGUCAUCUUAUUCUCUUUUGUUAGUUGCGAAAAUGAAUUUGCCAGUACUAUACGUUGCAGUUUCUCUACUCACUGGGCUCAGCUCUGCCCUGCCCACAGGGAGAGAGUUUGCAACUGCGUUUAUGCAAAACAUGAACGGUGAUACUGAUGCCCGUUUCAUGAUUGAGGUCACCGCCCCUCCGUCCUCUAAAGGCAGCACUAAUGUGAAGGUCUCUGCCCUGGGUCAGGACUUCCAUAAGGAAGUGGAUCCCGGCAAAAGCGUGUCCUUUGCACUGCCUAAGGAAGUGGAGAUGAAGGGCAGCAGACGGUUCGAUAAGACCGUGGUCGUGGAGGCAAGCCAGGACGUCACUGUGGUCUCCUUGAACUAUAAGCAAGACACGGCAGAUAUAUCAGUGGUGUAUCCGCUACGGGAAUGGGGCACCGAUUACUACGUAUUCACUCCUCCAAGCUUUAACUGGGGCACCUACAAAGAGUUCUCCAUCACCAACCACAAGGACCACAACUUGGUCGAGGUUCGUCUCAGGGGGGGCGCAAAGUUCCAAGGGAAGCACUACCGGGCGGGCAGCAAGAUCUCCCUCCAGCUCGAGCCCUUCGAGAGCGUUCAGAUUCAGAGCGAGUGGGAUCUGAGCGGCGCUAAGGUGGUCUCCAGGCUGCCGGUGGCCGUAUCAUCUGGACACAGCUGUGCUGAGAGGUACACAGCUUGCAAUCACGUCUACGAGCAACUCCUCCCCACAAGGAGCUGGGGAAAGGAAUUCAUCAUUGCGCCCCUACCAUACCAUGAUAACCAGAAGAGGCAUGACAGUGUAUACGUCCAAGCGUCCCAGGCCACUAACGUCACUAGGAAUAUAGCAGGCAAUGUGCAGGGCUUUUCAAUGUCUGCAGGAGAGACAACUGAGCUCUCCUCUCAAUGGCCAAAUUCGAUAUAUCUGACGGCUGACAAGGGCAUCCAGGUUUUGUUUGAGUUCAAUGGCGGUCCGGAAGAUUCGCAAAAGUAUUUCGAUCCAUUCCUCAUGUCCAUCCUGCCCACGAUUCAGUUCAGCAAAUCCUAUUCCCUGGAAGGCCAGCAGGACUUUUCCAACUCAGUCAUACUGGUGGCAAAGAAUGGUGAUUUGAAAGACGUACAACUAGACAAGAAUGUCCUACCAGCUAGCAUGGACUGGCGUAAAGUGGAUGGGAGUGAUUAUUCUUGGGCUGAGUUAAAUUACGGCACAGGGGCCAGCUCUAAUCUGAUAUCUCAUCCUACAUCUCCAAUUGGUGUCUAUAGUUUUGGUGUAGCCGUUGCUAACGGCUACGGGUCCCCAGCAACUGGUAAUGAAGCAGACUGCGAAACCAUAAAAUGUGAAAAAGACGAACGGUGCGAAAUGAAAGGAACAACUCCAACGUGUGUGAAGCUGCCCCCUUUGGUGAAGGAAGGUACAUGCUGGGCCAUGGGCGACCCUCAUUACCGGACGUUUGACGGCCACUACUUCAACUUCAUGGGAAAUUGCACCUACACCAUGGCAAAGAACUGUGACAUCGACUCAAGCCACCCAGCGUUUGAGGUGGACGCUCAGAAUGAGAACCGGGCUGGAUCAAAGAUCACAUACGUUGGCAUGGUUACAAUUAAGGUGUACGAUUACACCAUUAUUAUCAUGCGCUCAGAAUUCGGCCUUGUUCGGAUGAACUACACAUUAUGGAACCUCCCCAUCUACUUGGACAAUGGCAAGGUGAAGCUGUCUCAGAGUGGUAUGUCCGUUGUCUUGGAGACAGACUUUGGCCUGGUGGUGCAGUACGACUGGCAGCAGCAUCUCGUCAUUAGCGUUGCAGGUGACUUUGCCGGCAAGGUGUGUGGCCUGUGUGGGAACUUCAACAGCAAGGAGGACGACGACCAACUCACCCCCUCAGGAAAGUUGGCCGGCAGCGGGCAGGCACUGGGCAAGAGCUGGCGGGUCCCUGGCUUGGCCGAAGAUGCAUACUGUCAUGACGAAUGCGUCGGUCAGUGCGAGCACUGCAAAGGCAGCCUGUUUGAGAGUCUGACAGACCGGCUGUUCUGCGGUUUACUCUCCGAAAUCAUGGAUGGACCACUGAGCGAAUGCAGCGCUGUCAUUGAGCACAAAAUGUACCAUGAGAACUGCCUGUAUGACGUGUGCAUGGGUGAAGGCAAAUGGCACUUCUUCUGUGACACCCUGCAGGUGUACUCUGACGCUUGCCAGAGGUCAGGGGUCAAGAUCCAUGACUGGAGAAAUAUUGCGCAUUGUCCUCACCCCGCAUGCCCGGAAAACAGCCACUAUGAGUUCUGUGGCAAUGCAUGUCAGGCCACAUGUGAAGCUCCAGAUAUUCCUUCAAAAUGCAAAGCCAGCUGUUUGGAGACCUGUGUCUGUGACGAUGGUUUUCUGCUUAGUGGGACCAAGUGUGUCCCUAAAACUGAGUGUGGCUGCACGUUCGAAGGUCGCUACGUAGAAGCCGGUGCCUCCUUCUGGUUGGACGAUCACUGUAUGCAGAGGUGUUUCUGCAACCCGGCCAACAGUCAGAUGGAGUGCAACAAGAAGGGCUGUCAAGCCGAGUACGAGUGCAAGGUGGUGGAGGGCCUCAUAGGUUGCCAUCCAUUGACUUAUGCUACGUGCAAGGUGUCCGGUGACCCUCACUACCAGACCUUUGAUGGCCAUGUUUACAGCUUCCAGGGCACGUGUGUGUAUCAGAUGGCAGGAUUGUGCUCUAAAGCCGCCACGCCUGGAUCCCCUGACCUGGAACCCUUUGAUGUCCUCGUGCAAAACGAUGGCCAUGCCAAGAGAGUGGGCUCCAGCACAAAGUUGGUUGAGGUCAACGUCUACGGAUAUUCUAUUGUUCUCAGCAAAGACCACAGGGGUUCAGUCUUGAUCAAUUCAGAGCUCACCAACCUGCCUGCCAAGCUCAAUCAAGGAAAUGUAACAGUCAAAUUAGUGAGUAGCUCUGCAGAGAUCGAAACUGAAUUUGGGCUGACGGUGUCCUAUGACUGGAGCACUGCAGUUUUUGUCAAAGUCCCUAGCAGCUACGCUAGCGCUAUGUGUGGCCUGUGUGGAAACUACAACAUGGACUCCAAAGACGAUCUGUUGAUGAAGAAUGGCAGCCAGGCUGCCUCCGCAGAGGAAAUGGGAAAGAGCUGGCGGGUUGCAGAGACCCCUGGCUGUGUUGAUGGGUGCAAAGACAAGAACCACUGUCCAGACUGUGAUUUCACCAAGAUAGAGAAGUUUGAGAGCAACACGUUCUGUGGCCUGAUCCGUGAUCCUAAAGGCCCCUUCCAAAAGUGUCAUGCCAUUGUGCCCCCUGGUGGCUUCUUUAAGGACUGCGUUGAUGACGUUUGCAACAACCGUGGUGACCGCCAGUCCUUCUGUGACAGCCUCCACCUCUAUACUAUCGCCUGCCAACAAGCAGCCAUUGAGGUGGACCCGUGGAGGACAACCGAUUUCUGUCCAAAGUCUGACUUCAAGCACCCAAACAACAGCCACUAUGAACACUGUGCCAGCGUAUGCCAUGUCAUUUGUGGCAUCGGGUCUCCUCCAACUGGCUGUAUGAAGCCUUGCCAGGAGGGAUGGGUGUGUAACCCUGGGUUCCUACUCAGCGGAGAUGUUUGUGUUCCCAUUGGAAAAUGCGGCUGUAGGCAAAAAGACAAAUACUACAAGCACGGACAGAUUUUCUAUCCACAUGGGCAAUGCCAGGAGGAGUGCACUUGCAACGGCACAGUGCAAUGUCACAAGUUUUCCUGCGGGCCCCAUGAAAAGUGUGAGGUGAAGAAUGGCGUUCGAUCGUGUCAGCCUGUUGGAGCAGGAGUCUGCUCCAUCUCUGGUGACCCUCAUUACAACACCUUUGACAAAAGCACCUAUGACUUCCAAGGCACGUGCACCUACACCGCAGCUGAAGCCUGCAAAUUGAAUGGCACAAAGCUCCCAUUCUUUACUGUGGCUGUGGAGAAUGAGAGGUGGUAUGCCAUGUCCAGCAACCCACAAGUCUCUGUUGCCAAACUUUUGGCAGUUACCGUGUAUGGCAAUAUUCUGAUACUUCGUGAGAAUCAAAUUGGAAUGAUAAUGCUCAACGGUAUCCUGACCACUAUUCCGAUUAACCUCAACGAGAAACAAGUGCAGGUUUACCAAGAGGGUUCUUACUAUGUCAUCCUAACCGACUUCGGCCUGAGGGUGACCUAUGACAUGAUCUACCAUAUCACCGUCACCGUACCCGGCAACUACAGGGACCACACCUGCGGCCUGUGUGGUAACUUCAAUGACCAGAAAGCCGAUGAUUUACAACUGCCAGACGGUAAAGUGACCAAAGACGUGCAGAGCUUCGGGGCUGCCUGGAAGGUGGCCGUGCGUGGAGUGGUGUGCGACGAUGGAUGCAGUGGGGACCUCUGUCCCAAGUGUGAUGAAAGCAAGAAGAAAGUGUUUGAGAAGGACUGUCAAGUCCUCACCGAUCCCAAAGGUCCCUUCGCUGCGUGCCACAAAGUCAUAGACCCUGCCUCCUACUUCAGAGACUGUGUCUAUGACGUCUGCAUGGUGAAUGGGGACAGGGCAGUGCUGUGUGACAGCAUCGGGGCCUACAUGAUGGACUGCCAGACCUUUGGUGUGACCAUUCUCAGCUGGAGGACACCUACAUUCUGCCCGCUGGCAUGUUCUGAAAACAGCCACUACAAGAUCUGUGCUGAAACCUGUGACAUGCCAUGUCCCGGCCUUUCUGACGUCAUUUCCUGCCCUACUACCUGUGCUGAAGGCUGUGCUUGUGACGAUGGUCACUACUUCAAUGGGACUGGUUGCAUUCCCUUGAAGGAAUGCAGUUGCUACUUGAAUGGGCGUACCUAUAAGAUUGGCGAGUCUGUGCUUAUUGACGACUGUCAGCAGCGAUGCACCUGUGCGAUGUCGGGCCGUGUCCAGUGCGUAGAUGUUCAAUGCGGAAGCGCAGAGAAGUGCGAGAUCCAAAAUGGCCUCCUGGGCUGCUUCCCUCGACGGUGUGUGUUGGAGAACGAAGGCUCCAUCACUCUGUUCAACGGGGACACCGGAACCAUCAAGCCUACAAUGGCAGCAUACGAGUUGGUGGAGCAUUGUGACCCCUCAGCCCCCGGGGAAUGGUUCCGGGUGGUGGCUAAACUCCAGGAAUGCAGCCUGACUGGCUCAAGGACUAUAGCCGCCCUCUACGUGUUCUUCAGUGACGUGAUGGUUGCCGUGACUGACAAGCAUGAGACCUGGGUAAAUGGACAAAAGGUGACUCUCCCGGCGCAGCUGAGAAAGGACAUCUCCAUUGACGCCGCAGGGAAAACACUACACCUUGAGAAGAAGGCAGGCUUCACUCUGUCCUACAGCUGGUCUCAGGGAGCCACGGUCACCUUGAGCAACGAGAUGGCGGGAAAAGUGUGUGGGGCAUGUGGACCGCUAUCCUCAAGCGAUUACCUGAUGAUCUCAGAGGAGAUGAUGCAGGAGUACAUGGCUCCGUUCAUUGCACAAGACUUCCCCACCUGUGGCCAGUGAACAAUCCCCAUGAAAGCAAUUCAACCAUAACAUGGAUUUGCUUUUUUUUGUUGCUUUAAAUGUAGAUCCCUUCAAAAUAAUUUCAAUGCAAUGCAUCACAACAAUGUAAAUCGUGUCCAAUUAUUUUUGAAAUAAAAUGUAAUUGGAAGGGAGAAUUUAGGUUUGGCCUUUUGUUCAAAUAAUGAAAUCUCCCUGAAGCAUUUCACUCAAGAAGUUCCUGCACACUUUGUCGAACCUAUAGGAAAUUUUUAGUUAAUAGUU